AUGUAUGAUGUUUUACUUUAUUUUGCAUUAAAUGCAUUAGGAUUUUUCUUUUUCCUCUUCAUCUACAACAGAUUUCCAAAGGUUCGUCCCAAUCGCAUUUGGAAUAAUCUUUUCCCUCGACCUGAUGAUUACACUACCAUACCUGGCUUGAAACUUUCGCUGCCAGCAGAAGAGCUUCCUCCUCUCACUAUUGAACCCGGUCAAACUCUAUGUAACAUUUCUGCAACAGCAGGACAUCUUAGUGAGAUCAAGAGAUUUCCCAAUUUUCGGCAGUUUCUCGAGUAUUGUAGUUUAUGCUACGGUCCGCUAUCAUCUUUCUACUGGGGACCUAGAUAUGUCGUUUCCGUUUCGAGUCCAAAAAUUGUUGAAGAGCUUGCUAAAUAUAAAGAGAACUUGGUUACGGUAUGUCCGCUAACUAUCGGAAGUGCCUUGAGUGGUGAUAUGAGAACAUGGAGUGAGAACGUAUGGACGCCAAACAAGGACAUUUCAGUGGAUGAUACAGUCAAAUUCGACAAAAUCUUGAGCGAAAAAACGCAAAACAAAAUUUGUCUGACGGGACCUUUCAAGCUCACAGAAGAACAAACGAAUCGUGAGAGUGACCCGAUUGAUCUGAUAAAACAAUUACCUGCCAUUUAUGGGGAAGAGCUGAAAACAUCAAAAUCGAUUCGAGAAAUUCUCUCCCGACCUCUCGUUGUCAUUUUCAACCUGGAAAUAGACGUGGAUGCUCAUCCAAUUCCCAAAUACAUUCCAAUCAUCAUUCAUGUUGGUGGAUUGGUACAACGUUGGUCAACAGAGGAGAUAUGGGAUAGCUACAUGAAGACAUUGGAUUGGGUACCCGGCAUUGAGCUCUUACACAGUAUCGAUGAAGAAGUAGAGCGAAAGAUAAGAAGAGAAACAGUUAGACGACGAUAA